GUUCUUGCUGAGCAAGUUGGUUUCUGGGAUACCGAUAAAGAUGCUGUUGGAGAAGAUCUACAUAUGUGGCUUAAAUGUUUUUUCAAAACUGGUGGUGUUGCUAGAUCUGUUCCUAUAUUUGUUCCGAUAAACCUUACCAACGUUCAAACUACCGGUUAUUUUUCAAAUAUUUAUGCUCGCUUUGUCCAGGCUAAGCGUCAUUACAAUGGUGUUGCCGAUGUUGCUUAUUCACUGAAAUCUGCUUUUAGUAGUGAACAACAUUCUACCACUGAUACCGAAUCACUUCUUUUGAGUUCAUCUUUAAUGCCAGUUUAUAAUCCUUCUUCUGGAAAACGACCGUCUUGUCUUAUGUCCUGUUCAUUUUUUGAUAAGCUAGUUGUGGUACUCCACGUUCUUGAAGCUCACAUGAUUCCAUGCACGUCUGGUUGGUUAAUGUUUGCUGCAGUACCUAUAACACAAUUUUUGCUGAUAUCCACGUAUUCGCCUGUAUCUAGCUAUUAUCCAAACUUUCAAAAUCCAAUUGUUACUUCAGAAUUUUAUGCAUAUAUGUUUUCUCUAGUACAAGCGGUGAGCGUAUUAUUACCCAUGCCUUUACUCUUGUGCGCAAUGCUAUACGAAGGAUUGCAUAAGACGGUAGAUGCAGAGUUGUUUAAGAAAGGUACUAAUGAAACACGGACGUGGAAAAAUUACAUGGAUUAUGCUUGGUUGCCUGUUAGCGCUUGGUUAUUUAUGACUUUACCAAGUACUUUGGCUUGCGUUAAAAGACUCACCAGAAGUAAUGAUAAAUAUGUUGUAGCCGCUAAAAAUAUAUUUACUGAAGCACUUACAGAAUAA